AUGAUUUAACAAUUAGAAGAAUUAUUUUCAGAAACACCUUAAUAUAACUAAUUGUAUUGGAUAUUAGGUCAAUAUAAUAAUACCUAUGUCAUUGGUCCAAAUGGAGUAGGUAAAACAACAGCUGUACAUUUUUGUUUAGAUAAAUUGAAAAUACCUCAUAAAAGAAUUAAUAUGAUGUAGGUAGAAAUGAUUAGUAUUAUUUAGUGUUUGACAAAAUAAAGUUUACUACAAGCUAUUGUUAACGAAAUUAGUGAAUUAUGGAAUUAGGAAUUAACUAAGAUAAGCAAGUUUAGUGAACUAAUUAUCAGAUUGAACUCUAUCAUAUCUACAUCAAAUUAGAAAAACAGACGGUAUGAUAUAUCAAACAUAUUUAGAGCCUAUAUUAUUAUUGAUGCUCCUUAAUACCCUUAAAUUGAGUUUAUUUAUUUGUAAAAAUUAUUCGCGCUUUCAGAAAUCAAAUCAAAAACUUGUUCAAUUAACUUUAUUUUUAUCUGUAAUCAGCUUCCAAAUAUUAUUGAAAUGCCUUUGGGAAUUACCAUGAUCUUUCAAUCAUUUGAUGAAGUAUUAUAAAUAAGAAUAAUUUAUGCACAUAUUAUGUAUAGAGCAAUCAUGUUAGAAGAUUAUUAAGUAUAGAAAUAAGAUAAUGUUCGGGCAUUUGCUGGUUAGGUAGCCAAAGAUGUCUUUGUUACUUUUUCUAUAAUCACUAUAAAUUUAAAUAAUUUAAUUUAAAUUGCUGUAGGUUUAUUCGAAAAUUUUAUUUAUUAAUGUGUAAAUCUUACACCUGAGGAAUAAAUUCUGAUUAAAUAAUAAUACAUCAAUGCAAGACAACUAUUAUUUGAAAACCCUUUUUUAUAAAUUAAUUCUAAAGAAUUUAAAGAUUUAAUUGAGGAAGUUGAAUCUUAAAAAAACCCAUAGUAAAAAUCAUAAUAAGAAUCUAAAAAAAAAUAAGCAGAAACAAAAACUGCCAUUUAAACAUUAGAAAUUUCCAAAAUUAAAUUACCUAAAUUGCCUUCAUUGAUUUUGUUAUCAUCUUAUUAUGCGUCUAGAAAUCCUGAAAAAACAGAUGCAACCAUAUUUAGGGAUCUAAAGAAAAAUAAAAAGUAAUCUAAAGUAAAAGAACAAUUAAAGGUCAAACAAAAAGUUUCACUUUAUAGAUUAAUUGCUAUUGCAUAAUCUCUUAUGUCCAUUAAUGAGAAUAAAGAUUUUUCAAUAGAAAAAUAACAAUUUAAUUAAUCAGUUCAAUUCUACUAAUAAAUAUAAUUAUUAGUUGAACAAGGAUUCAUUAAAGUUCACCAUAAAAAAGAUGAUAUUUUAAAUAAAAUCAAAUUAGAAUGUUAAAUAACAGAAAAAUAAGCAUUUGAUCUUGCUACUGAGUUAAACAUAUAAUUUAAUGAAUUUUUAUCUGUAUUUUGA